AUGCCGUCACAAACUGUCCCUCCCGCUACCGGUCAGCGUCGACAGGUGGAGAGGGGACGCGAGCACUUUUCAGCUACAGAAGAGAAGGUUUUGAGGGAGUAUUUGGAUGACUUCACGACGAAAAGCAAAGAGGAACGGAAAGACUUGUUGAUGUUCAAGAUAUACAGAUUAAUCAAGGCGGCGGGACCAGAGCUCACUCCGGAUCAAUGGAGGAUUAGAAAAAAAAAAGUGAAAGAGUGGUAUUACAACCAUGGCCGACGGCCUCACGUCCGACGAUAUGGUUAUGUGAAGCCCAUCUCACUGAAAUACGUCAUCGGCCAUUUGAAACAAGAAGAAUUAUACUCCAAGGUUGUCGAGCUUGCGGGAGGGGCGCCGCCGGGAUCACGAGCGUUUCUUGGGAAGUACCAACAAGGUUUAAAAUCACUCCUGGAUAACCUGUCUGCAUCCGAGAGAAUAGAUUAUCAAAUCAUUGCAAAGAAAUGGACAAAUGAGUCACCACCUAUUGAAGUUCAAAGAAAGCUUUUUUCGCGGUCAGGGUACAAGAUGUUGCGUGAAAUGGAUAAAGUCAAAUAUUAUCAAUUAGGCCUUGUUAGCUGUGGUUUAAUAACACACUACGAUUCCAAGGGGGAUCCCAACUGGAUGUUCCUCGACCAUACUCCCGAGUUUGGCCCGCCGGGGGCUCUGAGCUUUGAAACCAUGUUCAGGACUGAAGUUCAGGAGAUAUGUAAAGCAUGGGCGGCUUACUGUGCUCAUAUCGAAAGUGUAACGGCCGACCCAGAGAAAUUUACCCGUGACCGGAAGAAAAAGAGAAUGCGGCUUGAAAUGGAGGGUUCAUUACCAGUGCUACCAGAUGCUCCGGCGGAGCAUUCUGAAAGUGCGGCCGUGUUGCAGCUCAUGAUCCGUGAAUUUAUGACUCUUCAUUACCAACUCGCGUGUGGAAAGGAGUCCGCCACUCCCUGGAGCUCGAUGGGAAAACAUCAAUCUCAGUUGUGGGAUCGUGAUAUGUGGCCGUCCGACAUCAUGGUGAAAGACCCCAGCAAAAUGGUGCUGGGUGAUUGCAGGCAGAUUGUGGCAUUGUGGAGAAAACGUCAAGCUUUGGGUGGAGCUUCUGAAACAUUUCGAUUCAACUUUUACAUUGAUGCAGAAAGGCUUAAACCCUCCUUUUAUUCAGUUGAUACCCUACUGGUCAUGUCCCCGACGGCCCGCUUGCCCGCGUCCCCGGCGGAGGCAGUCAGUGUCCUUCCUGAACGGGCCAGAGCGUCCCCGCCGGAGGUUCCAAGCGUCCCUCCUGACAGUACUACAGCUGCAUCCCUCUCUAGAAAUUUACCUGAAGUUAAUCAAAGCAGUAGGCCAUCUCCUCAACUAGGCAGGUUGUUUGUUCGGCCUCCAAUGGUGCCCCUCGAAAUCACUCUCGAAAUCACUCCUCCGAUGGCUUAUUCUCCGCCUGAGCCUUGCGAUAUCGAUCUUCCAGCGGCGGUGACACCUCCGCUUCCCAUACAAAGUCAAGCAAUCCAAGAGAAUCCAGUCCAGGAUCCAGACCUUCCACCUGUCGAUGAGGGGCACCCCCAUUUACCCCCACCUGACGUUGAAUCAGACCCACCAUUAGGAAAAGGCAAAAAGAAACGACCUGUCGUACCAUACUCAGAAGAGCCAUCAUCUGAUCCAUCCACCGACACUCCUGGAGCUAGAAAUGAACGGCGGAGAGCGCUUAUAUCACGCCUGUCCCUUGCGGCUCCGUCUCCACCAGUUUCAGAUGAGGAUCUGGAGACACUCCCACCUAGAUACAACAAAAAGGGGAAAAGGAAAGCAGCUGACAAACAAACAUCACGAAAAAAGGCUGCAGCGACGCGCAGACGUAAAGAUGACGCCGCCGGCAACGGGAGUGACAUUGCCUCCGGCGGCAACAGUCGCAAUAUUCCGUUUAACACCGGCGGGGGAGAGACUAAUGCAGAGAGAACGAGAAUCAAGCCCAAGCCGAAACCAAGAAAAAAGCCAACGGCAGUGGUUAAUGCAAACAGAGCGGGAUAG